UGCGCACGUAGUAGAGCCCCCCUUCAAAUUUUCUCGCCUGGUCGGAUUUUAGUUGCGCACUGUCACCCCGGAAGCUCUCGCCUUAGUCUACCUCCCUUCGCGCGUCCUCCUCCUAUCCACGGCCGGGUCAUGCGCGCGGCAGCAGCAGCAAUUGAGACGGGCGCGUCGUCGGGGACGGGGAACUUUCCGGCUGAUGACGGUGAGAUUUGGGCGCCCGUGCUGUCCGAUCCUCUGGAUGGGGGCUCGACCUCGCCGAACCAGGAGGAGAUCGAAGUCUACUCAGCAUAUGUGGAUUAUGACGCCAUGGACUUCCAAGCAGUCUUCGAAGGACCCCAGGAUGAACAUGAUCUGAACAAAUUGUUUGGAUGUGCAAUGCUCAAUUCUUGCGGUGCACGCUGUCCUACUUAUAUAAAGGAGGCGAAUUUUACUCAUGAGAUUGAAUGUGAACUUUAUUCACCAACGAGUGAUCAUGGCAUGAUACAAACACUUGCGCCUGCGUCACCAGAAACCAAGGAAAUGAAGGGGAGGAGGAUACCUGCGCCAGCCAUGGUGCUGUCCGAGAAAGAGGAGGCCCCUGCCACCAUGGCCCUCGGUGGAGGAGGGGAGGAGGACAAGAAGAGAAAGCAAGGAGGGAAAGGGCACCCGCUGCCUUCUCACCGAAGAAGCAUGAGGCUUGCGCUCACCGCCACGCGGCCGGAGGAGGGGGCUUGCGCUAACUUCAUAGUAGAUCUGCUAGAUUACUUGCCAAAAAGUGGUUGGAGGCACGGAAGUCGCAUGAGAAGUACACGAAAGAGAGCAAUAUGGUCAUUAAACACGGAAAAAACUUUGCUUCUGCCAAACCAUUUAGGGAAAUAUGGGCACAGAAAAAAUAAUGACCACUGGACAUAUGAAGAGAUGAAAAAACUAGUGGAUGUUCUAUAUAUAUCUGGGGUUGGAAAUUGGACUAAGUUGAAAAAUGAAAACUUUUCAACGUCAGUUCGAACAGCAAUGCAUCUUAAGGAUAAAUGGAGAAAUCUUAAGAAAGCCUACACGGGAAAUGCUAAAAAAAGGAUCUUGCCGGCUCUGGACAAGGAUAGUGUCAAAAAGAUCCAGAAGCUAGCCUCCAAAAUGAAGCCGCACUUGUGAAUGAUACAAGAAACGUUGUAUAGUACUUUUGGUGUAGGAGUGACUCGGCAACAGGAGUUCUGUUAUUUUUUUUCUAGGACAGCAAGGCAUAGGCCGGCUGCCAUAUUGAGUGUGUAGAGAGUAGAGAUUAGCAGUUUGUAUGUCCUUCCUAACUGCUUGUAAAGUAGAGUACUCUCUUAUUAAUGAAAGGGAGGGGGGUCCCUUAAACAACUUUUCUUGUCAAUACAUCAUGAGAUGCAUCA